AUGGCUGAAGAAGAAAGACCAGAGUCAGAUGGUGAACGUGAAAUCUCCGAUUCUGAUUCCGAACCUGAACUCGAUCCUGCUGAAUACGAGAGGCGGCGAGACUUAUGUCUUCGACAAAUAAUACUCUCCGAACUUCAAUUCAACAAAUUGAAAAUUGUUCUUAGGGAUUUGAAGAUCAAGCAGUUGAUGAAACGGCGACAGGAUGUAUUGAAUCAGAGUGAUCCUGAGUUCAUUGUUAAGCAACAUGAACUUCUUGAGGAGUUUAACGCGCGCAAUAAGCUUACUGAAACAAUCCGUUGCCUUGAAAUGGACUCUCUCGAGAGGCGAACACUUGGUUUGAAGAAAAUCGCUGAGUCCAAUCAAGACGACAACAAAACCAUUGCACAGGAGAAAAUCCGGAACCAGUUGCUCAAUGAGAUCAUGAUCGAGAGGUCACGGCAAAUUCAAGAGAAGAUUGUUCAAUCCUAUUUUCUAGAUAAGCGUUUUGACUUGAAGAGGGAUUCUUCGAUGAUCUCUCACUCUGAAGUGGAGGCAAAACGCGCCCGUUUGAGCGUUCCUAUCAUCAUUCAUCAGCUUACUCAAGAACAAAUCGAUGUGGAUGUUCGAUCGGCCGAAUUGGCUGUACUGAUCGCAAAUGUUAAGGAGGAGGAGAGAAAAUCAAAGGAUCUCAAAAGUUUAUUGCUGCCUUGCAGAGGAUCUCGUCUCUCUAAGUAUAUGAUAUAUCCGUUGUCUCACAUCGACGUGACUCCUUCUCCAUCACUGAGAGAGUUGCUGGACAAAGGCACACGGAAAUUUGAUCUGCCAUUUGACAAUGAGGAACCAAUAGAUAUAACCGAGCGUUUUUUCGAGGAUUGUUCUAAACUAGCUCUUGGAGAAGUAGUUCGAUAUGAUUCAUUCACGCUUGGGGAAGCUAUGAGCGCAGUCGAAUUGAUGGACGAGAAGAUGGACAUUGGUAUGAAAAGAGUUACAAGACAAAUGGGUUUGGACGAAUCGAGGAGUAUGGGUUUGUAUGAAUCGAACUAUGCUGAACAGCUUACUAUUUAUGAUGGAACGCUAUGCUCAUUUGUCACUUGGCUUGAAGGCAGCUGUAUUGGACAAACGUUGUGGACCAAUGUGUUGCUUACCGAGCCUGAUCGGGUUCUCUACGAGGAACAUCCAGUCUUUGCUUGCCUUGCUCAUGGAUUCUUUCAUAUUGUUAUGCUUGUUAAGAGUGUGAUCCAAAAUGCUAGUGUUUAUGAGGAGGAGGAUUUCAAUCCUCAUCUUCCAUUUCCAUGCAAUUCACGGUAUUCGCUACAUGAGGUGCUACAGUUAAUGAAAGAUGUUGAACUUGAGCUUGUUUCAAAAGCUGAAAAGCCGGAUCACGCCAGCUUGAAAGUGGUAAUCUUGUCACUUUCUUCGCGGAUCGCAUUCAUGAGGUUAUUCCUGGUCACUAUCACACAUCUGGUCCCUCCACGAAGAGUGGAAUGCCCCGACCAGGACCCUCUCCAGCUUCCUCCACUGGAUGCUGUUGGAUUCAUAGCCAAUUUGGAUGCUGCCGCUGGUACAUCUUCCAAGCUUAUGUUUUUGUCAUCGAAGUUUCUAGAGACUUCGCUGAAUGAGGGGGCCCCACGUCCUGAAGGAGUGGAACAAGAUGGAGAUUUCUCUUGGCUUGUCGCAUUUGAGCCCGAGUAUAAUAGGAAAUAUCUGCCGUCUACUUUCCCUAGAAAAAUAGAAAUCCUUCCUCGCGAGAAGGCACUUCCUCACCUCCACCGUAUAGCUUGCAAGAUUCACUUCAUUGUCACUCAACUCCCAAACAAUUUGUUAGAUUCUGCAAGCCUCGUUGAAUUCAUGAAAUGGUUCAGUUAUGAUGACAGCUGCGUUUUGACUCGAUCCAUAUUGCAGAUGGUGGUUUAUCCUCUCGACGACAAUGUGCUAGGUACACAGCCCACUGCUUUGCUCGUCGAAAGGUCGAUAAGGAACAUGGUAUUUCCUUUAGCAUUGGUUCCACACACUCCUUUAUAUGACAAUGAAGAGUGCCGCAAAGUCGUCGAGGAUUUUACAAUGAACACUACAAGAGUGAUGCUCAGUCUGUAUCAAAACUUUGGUUUCAAUCUUGCUAGACAAAGGGAUAAGCUGGUAGUAAUCAUGGAGGAGAUGAAUGAACUGCAUGAGGAUGCUUGUCGUGCAGAUGCUGUUUGCAGACAAAUUGUUUCUGUUCACAAUAAAUACAACCCGUUCGUCACAUAUGUCUUUACCCAAACUCUCUACCUUGUUCUUUACCACCUAGAGCUGAGCUUUCGACUCGAUCUGUUUGCUCCCUUUGAAUUCCCCUACGUAUACUGGUUUUAUGGUGAAGUUCUUGGAAGAUGGUACAUGACAUCUAUAGAAAAAACACGUGAGCUUAUGAAGGACACUUUGAAGAAAGAAACCGAACUGCUUGAAAAUUCGAGAAGGAAUAAGAAGAAAUUGAAACCACGCCUAAACCACGAAGAACAUUUUCGCAUCCGCUCAGGAGUUUGUCAAGACCAAUUAAUCCUAAGGUACGGACAUUCUGCAAUGGCAGAUGCUACUUUUCACAUGACUGUCGCCUUGAUCAAGAUGGGUGAAAUUCGGGUACCGAUGUGGAAUGAGGAUUCGGAACGCCUUCGCUUUGAGCAUCGUAUGGCAUUUCUUUCAAGCGUUGGUGAUCCACUUCAUGUGACCUACGAUGAAUUUCUCGUCCGGAGCAAGAUCCGAGAAUUGGUAGAAGGAGAUGUCACUGUUCCUUUACAAAGGGCAAUCGACACCUUCGAAUUGGCUCGUAAUCAGUUUGAAAAGCUUGUCGAUCGCCCCGAGUUUACCGCGCAUACGAAACCUGUGAUAUUAGUGUGCCGAACAAAUGUCGUAGUUGCUCGUCUAUUGCUGGCUGGAAAUGUACGAGAUCGUCGCAUUUCGUAUCAUUUCAUGCCAGAGUCUCCCGUGUUUCCGAUUCUCAAGCUAGUCGCAGAGAAGUAA